AAGACUGCAUUCGACUCAUCAUGAGUAGCGAACGCUUUCUGGGCCACUGAGAAUAUCACGCUCAUUAUCCUUCGAGCUUGUUGGACUUAGCCAAGAAAUGCCUUGUUGCGUAGCAGCUGAACGGCAGUACGGAGAACCACAAUCCGAAGUUGAUGCUGUACAACAACAACAGCAACUACGAAUCACCCCAGGUACCUCACACCUUAGAACACAUGCUUUCCUACAGCUAUCGAGUACCUGCUGUGGCGGCGAACCCCCGAUCUCCUCCUCCAGCGAGCGAUUCCAGCGCGCCAACGACAAGAUCCCGGACUUCGUCAAGGUACUGGCCUCAAAAGGCAUCAUUAGCCAUGUGAACUUGGUUCUCACAAAACUAAUGAGACUUGGUAGGCUGUUUGGCGAACCAACUUGUUAUCUUGAACCCUUUUCGUUGCCUUUGAUGGGCGUGGUGCACCUGCCUGCUGAGUAUCGUGAUUGGGAGAGCAGCACAGGCAACGCGAGGAGGUGCAACUGAUUUUCAGCUCGAUUCGUUGGCAACAAAUCGCAAUGGACAGUUGCAAACAGCGUGCCUCUUUAGCCUCACGGAUACAGAUGCACCGGCAACUCCGGUGAAUCCUUCAAUGCCCCCAGCUCUGAUCGAUCCUUCGAGCACUAUAAGAGUUGUUCAGCCGGCAGACAGACCGAUCAAGCAGCGAGUCUGGUCCCGAUCAUGUCCCCAAACUUGUGGCAUUUUGCCUGUUCACCCGGUCUACGGCUUUCGACUUAUCGA